AAUUAGGAUUAAUAUAGCAGAGUGCAGAGCGAGUAAAAUCAUAAACCCUAAAACAGAUCAACCCCUCCUGCCCGCCCCCAAUUCGAACAUUCGCCUCAAUGAAGAAGAAAACCAAACAAACCCCUUCUUCACCCUCCCCAAUCCCCACCACCACCGACCUCAAAACCCUAAUCAACGACCACUCUCUCUUCUUCGACAAGCUUGUUCAACUCAUUCCCGCUCAAUACUAUCUCUCUACUGAUGACGACUCCAAGCCAUGGUAUCAAGGCCUCAGCAAGGCGGCCAAGGCCUCGGCCAAACAACAGACCCGAGAGAAUAUCAAGAAAGCUCGUCGCGCUCGUCUUGACCCGGAAAACUCGAAUACCACGACGCUGGACAUUCUGAACAAGUCAAUUGAGAAUGAGAAUGAGAAGAAGAGUGAGGUUGUGAGGAGUAAGGCGUCGGUGACUUACGAGGAGUUGCAGCAGCGGUUACGGGCGAAAUUGAAUGAUUUGAGGUCGAAUAGGGGGCAGGGGAAGAGGUCGGUUAUUGAUAGGAAGAGGAAGAGGGAGUAUGAUCACGCGGAGGAGGCGGGUAAGGAGGUUGUUGAGAGAGGGGAGGGGGGUGUUGAGAAGGAUGUGGAGAAGGAAAUUGAGGCUGCGGCGCAGGGGAUUGAGUUUGGGAAGGUGAGGAUUGAGAACGAGGUUGGGAGGGAUAAGAAGAAGAAGAAGGGGUCCAAGGCGGUGGAGUUGGAACGAGCGAGGAAGUUGGAGGAGGCGAAGAAGGAUCCGGAGAAAGGGGAGGUGGUUGCUAAGCAGCAUUCGUGGAAGGCGGCAACGAGUAGGGCUAUGGGGAUUAAGGUUCAUGAUAGUACCAAGAUUUUGAAGGAGAGUAUUAAAAAGGAGAAGAAGAGGCACGAGAAGAAUGCCAGUAAGUGGAAGGAGAGAGUGGAGACUACAAAUAAGUUGAAGAGUGAGAAGCAGCAGAAGAGAGCGGGGAAUAUUGCAGAGAGAGCUAAGCAGAAGAAGGAUAGGAAGAUUGCUAAGAGGGAGAAGAAGCUUAUGAGGCCCGGGUUUGAGGGGCGCAAACAAGGAUAUAUUAAUGGGGACAAGUAAGGCAGAUUAUCGGUUUUUAUGUUGUUUUUGAUUUGUCGAAUCAUGUUGUGAAAACUGUGUCUGCAAUGUUGGGUUUUGACAGAAAUAUUUGAUGAUAUAUGUAUGUUCUUCAAAUGAUUGUUUUUACUUAAUCAUAUCUUUUGGACGUA